UAGGAUUCUAAUGCAUUUAGGGAAACUAUAGUUUGUUAGUUUAGAAAUCGAAUAGAGUCCUAAACCUAAUAGAUUUAUGUUAUAAUUUCCUAUAUAAAUCAAUGAUGUAACAUAAUUAAGCUAUUCAGUUCUAAUAUCAUACAUCAAUAUUAUUAUCACCCUCCUCUUCCUCUGUUUUUCUUACUCUGCUUUCUGCAUUUUUCUCUCUUUAGAAAAAUCUCUCUCUCCUCCUCUGUUUUUUUACUCUGCUCUCCGCAUUUUUCUCUCUCUAGAAAGAUAAACAAUGGAUUCCGAAGGAAGAAACAUUCUAGUCACAGGAGGUGCUGGCUUCAUUGGUACUCACUGUGUUCUUGCUUUACUCAAACAAGGUUUCCGGGUAGUUAUCAUCGAUAAUCUUGAUAAUUCUGUUGAAGAAGCUGUUAAUCGGGUCAGGGAAUUAGCCGGUCCUGAUUUAUCUCAAAACCUGGAAUUUCACCUGGGUGAUCUCAGAAAUAAAGAUGAUCUUGAGAAGCUAUUUUCUGGAAACAAUUUUGAUGCUGUAAUUCACUUUGCUGGAUUGAAGGCUGUGGGUGAGAGUGUUGCUCAUCCAUUUCGCUAUUACGAUAACAACUUGAUUGGUUCAAUCAAUCUGUACCAAACUAUGGCCAAAUACAAUUGUAAGAAGUUGGUUUUCUCAUCAUCAGCUACAGUUUACGGCCAGCCUGAGAAAAUCCCAUGUGUAGAAGAUUUUGAAUUGAAGGCUAUGAAUCCAUAUGGCCGAACUAAGCUUUUCCUUGAAGAAAUUGCUCGAGAUAUAUCAAGUGCAGACAAAGAAUGGAGCAUGAUUUUACUUAGGUACUUCAACCCAGUUGGUGCUCAUGAGAGUGGGAAGCUUGGUGAAGAUCCUAAGGGUAUCCCGAACAAUCUUAUGCCUUACAUACAACAGGUUGCUGUCGGAAGACUACCUGAGCUCAAUGUCUACGGCACUGACUAUCCUACAAGGGAUGGUACUGCGAUUCGAGAUUACAUUCAUGUGAUGGACUUGGCUGAUGGUCAUGUUGCUGCUUUGAGGAAGUUGUUUACUGCAAAGAAUAUAGGUUGUGAUACCAUUAACUUGGGGACGGGUAAUGGUGCUUCAGUUCUUGAAAUGGCUAAGGCAUUUGAGAAGGCAUCAGGAAAGGAAAUUUCACUUAAAAUGUGUCCAAGAAGAGCAGGAGAUGCAACUGAAGUCUAUGCCUCAACGGAGAAAGCUGCAAAAGAACUCGGCUGGAAGGCAAAGUACGACAUAAACGAUAUAUGUCGAGACCAAUGGAAGUGGGCAAGCAGCUAUCCAUGGGGCUACCAAGGAAAACCCGAGUAAUAUGGUAGAAAUAGUCAUCCUGUACAAAAUAUACUUACUUAACCAGAUGCCACAGAUUUGUCAAGUUCAAGUGUUGAAAGUAUUAAUUCCUCACGAUUUUAGACUUUUAGUUUUUUUUUUUUUUUCUCUGAUUAGUAUUUUGCACGGUUUGUUAAAGUGUACUAGUAAAUUUGAGAAGGUAAAUAUGUGAUGGUCUACCAAUAUAUUUCAAAAUCUUCCUUAUUUGGUUCAAAGAAUCAAAGGGUGUAGUAUGAAUUGAAGUUGAUGUUAUUGCUGACUCAUAAAUGAGAAUGCUCCUACAUGAA